AUGUAGCUUGAAAAGAAUUAUUCUCCUGAACAACACUAGAUAUACUUGACUAUUAGUAAUGCAACCAAUGAUAGAAAUACAUUUCCCUUAGAUUUAAAAUUGUAAACAACAGAACUCCAAGAAUAUUAGGUAAAUUCGUUUACAAGAUAAUGA